AUGCAAUUCUCUAGAAAGUUAACAAAUGGCACUGGUAAUAAUUCUCCGUCAUUAGGGAACCAGUCGUCACAUACCUCUUCUGUAUCAACUCCAGUUACAGCUUCUUUGACACCUAGUGCUAAUAGCCAGAGAUUUUCAUAUAUUUCAGUUAAUGGAAAUGGUAAAAAUAGUCAUGAAUACAAAAAAUCAUUGGAUAGUCCUAUUCCAUCAUCUACAACAACAACCCAAUCAUCUAAUAAUCCAUUUCGUCUACAUAAUGAAAAGAAUAAUACCGACCAAAUGGAUAAUAUUAAUAAUUUGCAUCCUGAAGUCUCACUUAAAUCAUACGAAGGGAACACUUUAAAUACUAUGAAUUCAAGAACAUCAUCUGCUGGUAGUGGCAGUGUUAAUAGCUUAUCCUUUGAAAAUAUGAUAUUGCCUUGGGAUCCAACAGAUCCUGCAGAAUGGACAAUGGAUAGAAUUGUGUCAUGGUUUAAAUUUUAUGAGUUCCCUGAUAGUUGGAUUAAAUUUUUUGAAAGACAUCAGAUUCAUGGUCAAAAAUUUAUUAAAUUACUGGCUUAUGAUAAUUUUAUAGCCUUUGAGAAAUAUUUGCCGUCGACCAAAAAUGCUACUUACCCUCGAUUUCAACAAUUAUUAAAGGAUACAAUGAGUAAAAAUGUAUUACAUCAUCAUAGUCGAAGUAGAAUGCCAGAUAAAACUAAAGUACUUCGUACAGCUAGUGAAUCAAGCAAAGUCCGAAUUUCAAAUAACCGAUCCUUAGAAGAUAUACCAACAGCUAGAUCAUCUUCUGACUCGACGAUGGUCGAAAAAGAUUCAACUAGUACAAAAUCUAAAGACAAAAUGAAUAAGCAUGUCAAUAGUCAUAAGAAAACAAAAAGUACUAGUUCCUUAUACAGAAGGAGUUUUAUUUCAUUAAGGUCUGCUGCAACUGGAAGCACGUAUCAAAAAAGCCCUUCUACAAAUAUCAAAUUAAAUAUUCCCUCCCAAAAUACUUCAAAUGGAAAUGGAAAGACUAUAUCUGAGAUACCAUCCACCUCUCCUCCACUUUCCCCAAGCAUUUUCAGACGCCAUCAAAAGAGCAACUCUUCUGAAUCAUCUCUGCUGAAUUUUCUUUUUGGAUCAACAUCAACGAAUGGGAAUACUCCAUCUUCGGCGGCAACAGAACAAGCACCAUCAAGAGCUGUCAACCAUUCAAGGGAUUCAUCGAUUGAUACAAUAUGUCGGAUAAAAUACCCACCAAAGACCUCUAAUUCAAAUCCAAGUCAAUUAGAUGAUAAAACAAAGAUUUGGGAUAAAAUCAAACGAAGGAGUCAAAAUAUAUCUCCAGUAACAGAUUCUGGAGCGGAAUUUAUGACUGAAGUAAUUGAUUCCAUGAGUUCAAAUCAAGACACAACAAGAAUACAAUCAGAAGUUACUAAUUUGGAGACAGAUCUGAAGAAGGAAGACGUUGUUUCGUUAGAAUUAAUCACUGAUACUUCUACGUUACAACUUGAGCAUAAAUUUGAUAGUAAAUACUAUCCGACUAAGGGCAAAGAUGAAACGUCUGCUGAUAACAGUAUUUUAUUAUCCCAAGACAAUAUAUGGUUCAAGCAUAUGGAUAUUGGCAAUAUCAAUUCUGUUAAUGAAUUAAAAGAAAGAAUAUCAUCAACUUUAGAUAUGACUCUUUCAUCGUUAUCCGUACACAUAACAGACUUUAAUUGCACGUUUGGAGAUGUUCUACCUGAUGAUAUUCUAAACGACAUGAUCACAGAUCCAAAGUUAUUGAUGCAAUUCAAAUUUUACAUAAAAGGAAUAUCAAAACUAGGUCUAACGCAUGUCCCACCUCCUACUACCGAACAGAGCAUCUCAGUCAAAUCUUUAAAAAGUAAGGCAUCUGUCAAAUCAAUCACAAACAGCAGUGCAGCAUAUCUAGACCAAGCCUCUACUAUUACCACCUCUCCAGAAACCACAUCCUUAGACGAUCAACGUAGAUACCCACAAACACCUAGCAAUUAUUAUGAUCUAUCUCCCGCCAACUCAGCUAAUGAGGAAAGAAACUAUUGGAAUCUUAAAGAAAAAACACCAGAUGAAAAUAUAUUACCUAAAUUGAUAUCAAAAUCAUCAUCAAAACAUCCAGUACCUGAUAUCAAUGCUUCAUAUAUUUCAUCUCCCGAACAAGAUACAAGUUCUUUAAUUUAUUAUAAAGGUGCAUCUAGUGAAAUCGAAUUACAUAAAAGUAUUAAUAUCACUAGGGCUCAAAUUGAGCUAGAGCCAAAGAGAGAGGCGCCUAAAGCUCCAACAAAAUCUCCGCCAAAAGGAAAUUCUUCAUCUAGAGUGCCUUCACUAAAAUUGAAAAGAAGUGGAACCCAAAUGAAUCGCAAAAAUACUUUAUCAAAAUCUCCGUCCAAUUCAAGCAAAAACUCUGAUAAAAAAUCAGUAAUAAGUUCAGAAACGGCCAUUUCUUCUUACACACCAGGUUCCACCCAAGUGUUAGUUCCCCAACCGUACAAGGGUGCUUCAGAAUCAUCCCGUAAGCAUUCGAGAGUUGAUGAAUUUGUUGAGAGUACUGUUUUAGCAGAUUUAAAGGCGAAAAGAUCGUAUAGGGCAAAUUCAAUUUCUUCUGUUUUGAGCAACAGACCAUCUUUAUUGAAGAGAGGCAGUUCGAAGAGAAUCGUAUCUUCAGCAUCUGCAGCUGACAUCUUUGAAGAAAAUAAUAUAACAUUUGCUGACGCCCCACAAUUAUCUGAUAGUGAAUCUAAUGGGUCCUUUGACGAAAUAAUCUGGUUAAAUGAAAAGAACAAUGGCGAUUUUGAUGACCUUGAUGGAGAAAGCUCUGAUUCAUCAGGCGAUAUUAUUUGGUCAACAGCAGCACCUAAGAAAGCUGCUGAAGAUAAUAAAAGCAAAAAAUCUAACGACUCUCGGAAUGAAGAUGACAAUAUUAUUUUAGAUCAAUUAGAAGGUUCAACGCCAAACGGACUUGCUAGAAAAAUGACUUUGAGACCAUCUCCAGAAGAGGUUUAUAGUAAUCUGGAGAAGUUUUUCCCAAGUGCAAAUUUAGACAAACCUGUUUUAGAAGGUGUAACACCUCCAACAUCUCCAAACCAAAAAAUAAUUGCUGGUGCAUUUAUGGCAUCUGUUCAUACGUCUGCUACUAGUAGGGUAGUUUCGCCUACUAAAGAUGUGCCAACUUUAAAAGUAGACCCCAAAAAGAAUGUUGGAACCAAUUUGAAGGACAUGACAGCCUCUCCAAAAUUACUAAAACGUACCAAAACUAUCAGAACUAUUGCACAUGAAGCAAGUAAGGCCAGAAAGGAGUCUAGAAAGUUAAAAAGACAUAAUACAAAGAUGUGGGGAACUAGAAUCUUUGAAGUCACUGACAAACAGCCUGUUCCAAUUAAUAAGUCCAAAAAUUCAAAAGGUGAAUACAAUGAAUUUGCUUGGAUGAAAGGUGAAAUGAUAGGUAAAGGUUCUUUUGGUGCUGUUUUUCUUGCAAUGAAUAUCACAACUGGUGAAAUGAUGGCGGUUAAACAAGUAGAAGUCCCUAAAUAUGGUUUGCAAAAUGAGACAGUCGUCAAUACAGUGGAUGCAUUGAGGUUAGAGGUGUCAACCCUAAAAGACCUGGAUCACUUAAAUAUUGUGCAAUAUUUAGGAUUUGAAGCAAAAAAUGGUAUUUACAGCUUAUUCUUAGAAUAUGUGGCCGGUGGAUCUGUUGGUUCAUUAAUUCGUAUGUACGGCAGAUUCGACGAUAUUCUAAUACGACAUUUAACAAUACAAGUUCUACAAGGGCUUUCAUAUCUACAUUCUAGAGGUAUACUGCAUAGGGAUAUGAAAGCUGACAAUUUACUACUUGACCAAGACGGUGUUUGUAAAAUCAGUGACUUUGGCAUUUCAAGAAAAUCUAACGAUAUAUAUUCCAAUUCUGAAAUGACUAUGAAAGGGACUGUAUUUUGGAUGGCUCCAGAAAUGGUCGAUACUAAACAAGGAUACAGUGCUAAGGUCGAUAUAUGGUCACUGGGCUGCAUUGUUCUGGAAAUGUUUGCAGGGAAAAGACCUUGGUCAAACUUCGAGGUUGUGGCUGCUAUGUUUAAAAUUGGCCAAGCAAAAAGUGCGCCACCAAUUCCGGAAGAUACCUUACCUUUAAUAUCCGAAAAUGCAAAAGAAUUUUUAGAUUGUUGUUUUGAAAUAGACCCAGAGAAAAGACCAACUGCUGAUAAAUUAUUGUCACACCCAUUCAGUAAGGUUAAUAAUUUAUUCGACUUCAAGAAGACAAAAUUGGCGAAAUUCAUUAAAUCCAACGAUAAAUUGAAUUCAUCAGAAUUACGGGUCCCAUCGCAAGAACGAAAAAUGAAUGAGCUAGAAAAAUGA